AGCUCAAGCCAUUAUCUUGUAGGGUCCCCCCGCGCUUGUCUUCCGUUUCAAUCAUGAGCAUCUUCGCCAGCGUGCCGAAGGCGCCUGCGGACCCCAUCCUGGGCCUGGUUGGUCGGUUCAAGGCCGACACCAGUGAGAAGAAGGUGAAUUUGAGCGUGGGCGCCUACCGCACAGCGGAGGGCAAGCCCUGGAUCUUGCCCUCCGUGGCUGAGGCCGAAAAGCUGGUCGUCUUGGACACUACGCAAGACAAGGAGUACCAGCCGAUUGAUGGCAAGCCAGAGAACAAGUUGCCGGUGCAACAGCUGCUCUUCGACCAGAGCGUCAUCGACAGUGGCUGCAUCGCCACUGCGCAGGCAUUGUCCGGCACUGGCUCUUUGCAGGUGAUUGCGCAGUUCCUGAAGUUCAUGGGAGUCAAGAAGGUGUGGGGCCCGAAUCCGACUUGGGGCAAUCAUCCCAAGAUUUUCGCUCGCGCCCUCCUGGAGUACGAGACCUAUCCCUACUGGCACCAAGAGAGUCGUGGCUUGGACUUUGCGGGCAUGAUGGCUGGCAUUCAGAAGAUGCAGGAGGGUGAAUGCAUCCUGCUCCACGCGGUGGCGCACAACCCCACCGGGGUGGACCCUACCGUAGCGCAGUGGGACGAGAUCGUCGCGGCAUGUCGGGAGAGAAAGCUCAUCCCGCUCUUGGACAACGCGUACCAGGGCUACGCAAGCGGAGACCUGGCGAAGGAUGGCUACGCACAGAGACUGUUUACUUCCUCUGGCCUCGAGUUCUUCAUUGCCCAGUCCUUCGCCAAGAACUUUGGGCUCUACGGCGAGCGCAUUGGCUACGUCCAUGCGAAAUGCGCCACCAAAGAGGCUGCAGAGGUUGUGCUGUCGCAGCUGAAGAUCAUUAUCCGCCAGGCUUACUCCAGCCCGCCUAAGCACGGCGCAGCCAUCGUGAACAAGGUCCUGACAACGCCGGAGCUGAAAGACAUGUGGCUGAAGGAGCUGACGCUCAUGUCCAACCGCAUCAGUGACAUGCGCGUUGCAUUGCGGCAGGCCAUCGAGGCAAAGGGCACUCCGGGGACCUGGAACCAUGUGACGGACCAGAUUGGCAUGUUCACCUUCACCGGCUUGAGCAAGGAACAGGUGGUGCGAAUGGUCGAGGAGUUCCACAUUUAUAUGACGGCCGACGGCCGUAUUUCCAUGGCAGGCUUGAACCCGAGCAACGUUCAGUACGUGGCCGAGUGCAUCGACAAAGCGGCGAGGGGGGUCUGAGACCGGCCCUUGCCGGUUGUGCGGCUCAAAGGCUCAGUCGCAGCCUUUGCGGUUUGCCGCCUGUGAGACCCAGGCCCCUUUUUCCGGAUUCAAUCAACCUGGCCUUAAGAAUGGAUUCCGAGUAUCCGGCUUUGCCUCGGCUUGCUUGCCACUUAGUCCGCCAUGGGGCUUUUCAGAAGCAUCCAUUUGCUCGGGCUUUUGAUGAAUUUGGCUGUGAAAAGAGGGCGCCUGGUCAGAUGGAACCUGGUAUUUUGAUUCUCUUGGCCAACUGCUGGACCAAUCGCACUGCACAGUCUCCGAUGUGAGGCCCAAGCCGUGAUGCGCUGCGGUGCUCCAGCUUCGGCCUCGCAUUUCCUGGGACUAAGUCAGCUCUCCGUUCGACUUCACAGAACAGGCUCAGU